AUUGCACGCGCCCGUCUUCUUGCCUUUCUCGUCGUCUGCUCAGCACACUGUCGCACCCCUUCCCGCCGCAAUGCCCCGGACACAGCCCCUGCUGCCGCUCUUCAGACCAUUGGCGCUGCCCCGGCGCGCGCCAUGCGAGCAGCUCUUCCGCUUCGCGACUGCAGCACGCCUGCGCGCCGACCAACCGCCUGCCAAACGCACUGGCGCUGCGCCGUCCCUCAAGCCAUCGCCCAAAACCUCCCCUGAAGCACCAGCGAGCCCCAAAGACGCCGCUCGCGCCGCAGACCUCGCAGCAGCAGAAGCGGCCACCGAUGCCGACAACCCGACCGCGCCCGCCCCGAAGCCCACCCUCCCUUCCAAGCGGCCCAAGUCCUCGCCGCCAAAGGCCUCAAGACCAGCCGAUGGCGCGCAGGCCCCCGUCGGCGACGCCCUCGACGCCGCCAUGAACGCAGAGCCUGGCGCGCCCAAGACCUUCAGAGCGCCCUCGAAAGCCGCCAGGGCCUCGAAACCAAGACCCAGCGCGGCCCAGAAGACGUCGCUGGAACUGCCUCCACCAAAGUACCACGUCGCGCGCUCCUCCUCCAAAAACCUACCCAUCUACACAGACUUCAAGCGCGGAGGCAAUCUGCACCUGACGACGGUGCGCAAGAUCACCGGCGACCUAUCCGCGCUGAGAGACGAGCUGCGCGUGUUCCUGAACAAGAAGAACGAGGAUGUCAAGAUUAACAGCCUGACGUCGCACGUCAUCGUUAAGGGCCACCACGUACCGCAGAUUACCGAGUUCUUGAAGGCUAGGGGGAUGUAAGAGUAGCAACGUAGCUUUGGGUGUACACAAAUGUACUAUAUGUAAGAGAUACGGCGGUUCAGUUCGAACGAUGACCAUCUGUCAGACAAUCUUGAUUCGCAUCAGUGCUUUUUCCAUGCA